CGGUCUUGCUUGUGCAUCAAUUCAAUUACCUAGCGGCUUAGCGCAAUACUCCGUACACGAAUCAAUAAACUCCAUUACCCCGCGUAUAUUACCUCAGAAAAUGUCGAAGUUUGGUGUCCUGGUAAUGGGGCCAGCCGGUGCUGGAAAAACCACAUUUUGCAAUGCCGUUAUCCAACAUCUCCAGCAUACUCGCCGAAGCUGUUUCUACGUCAACCUGGAUCCGGCCGCCGAAAGCUUCAGCUAUGAGCCUGAUCUGGAUAUCCGCGAGCUGAUCACUUUGGAGGAUGUCAUGGAAGAAUUGGGCCUGGGGCCAAAUGGGGGCCUUAUAUAUUGUUUUGAAUUCCUCCUGCAAAACUUGGAUUUCCUAUCGGAAGCCUUGGAUCCAUUAAGCGAGGAAUAUCUGAUUAUAUUCGACAUGCCGGGCCAGAUCGAGCUCUACACACAUAUUCCCCUAUUGCCGUCGCUGGUAAAUUUCCUGUCGCGCGCGGGUCCUCUGAACAUCAACCUCUGUGCAGCGUAUCUCCUUGAGAGUACCUUUGUCGUCGACAAGGCCAAGUUCUUUGCUGGCACCUUGAGUGCCAUGUCCGCGAUGCUGAUGCUCGAGAUGCCCCAUGUAAAUAUUUUGACUAAGAUGGACCAGGUUCAGGACAUGGUGUCUCGCAAAGAACUGAAGCGGUUCGCCAAUGUGGAUGUGCAAAUGCUUCAGGAUGAUGACGCGGAUGCGGUGGGAGACCCGUCGUCCAAAGAUUCUUUGCUGAGCGGUGGCUCCUUCAAACAGCUUAACCGGGCUGUCGGUCAACUCAUCGAUGACUUCAGUAUGGUCUCGUUUCUGAAACUUAACGUGCAGGACGAGGACAGUGUCGCUGCAGUUCUGAGCCACAUCGACGAUGCGACUCAAUUCCACGAGGCCCAAGAACCGCGCGAACCCCAAGAUGAGCGCGAGGUCAAUUACGAGGACGCAGACAUGUGAUCGAUGGUAAUUAUGAAGGGAUUAAUUAUCCAAACUAGUCUUGUUAGAACAUAUAUGUGGGAGCUGCGGGCGGCGAUGAGACGGAAUCAUGUCGUCCCUCCAACCAAGCUGUUAUUAUCCGACCGCACCAGAAGGUCACUGAUACGCUUUGAUCCCCGUGGCAGACCCGAGGAGGAUCGCCUUUAGCCGGCCCCGGGGAUAAGCGCCAGCGCUCUCAGCGUGAAACCCAAACAACGAGCAAUGACUCCAUCACCACGGGCGCAGGAAAUGCCAUGAUAUAGAAAUCAUG